AUGGAGCACGUGGCCGUGGCAGGAAUAGAGCUCCCACCUGGCCUUCCACCGCGGUUGUCUCUGCCUGGCUCUAGGAUCGACGAAUCGAUUGAGGCUGGUUCGUGCCUACACCCUCGUGAUCAUCACUGGAGACCUCCUCUAAUAGCCGCCAGGCGCUCCCAGAUAGCCGGGAUAAACAGACCAUUUUCCCAGGGCCGGCCUAUCGAUGAUUGGCCGGAGACGCCGCGGGCCAGAAGGAGGGACUCCGGGAUGGACCUCUCCUACAUCACCGAGAGGAUCCUGGCGCUCUGGUUCCCUGGCGAGGUGACUGCGGCGGAGUUCAGGGCUGGCCACCAGCAGACCGCGCACAUGCUCCAGUCCAAGCAUGGCUCGGGCUACAUGGUAUUCAACUUAAGCGAGCCGAAGGGCGGCAUGCGGCGGGAGCACUCGCGGGUGAAGGAGUGCGGCUGGCCGCCCGCGCUGGCCCCGCCCUUGGAGCGGCUCUGCUCGGUCUGCAAGGACAUGGACACCUGGCUGGGCGGCGGCAGCUCCAGGGUUGCUGUACUCCAUGUCAGGGGAGAAAGGGAAAGGAUCGGAGUUGUCGUGGCUGCGUACAUGCACUACUCAAGUAUAUGCGGCUCACCAGAGCAGGCUUUGGAUAGGUUCGCCAUGAAGAGGUACCUCGACCACAAGAUCGGAGACUUAGAUUUGCCCUCCAACAAGAGGUGUGACAGUUACGGUAAGCGGAUAGUCCUAUUUCCUCCAGUUCCGCGAGAGCAGCCUCCAGUGGCUCCAGUGGAUGGCCUUGCAACCGCUUUCUCCUUCCCACGGCAGUCCCGGUGA